AUGCGAAAAGGUCUUUGCCAUUCAUCUUCUUUGAGGUCAUUCAAGUUACUGAAAAAGAUUCCAAAUGAUUGGAAUUUGAUGGAAGCACGUCAUCAUGAUGGAUUCAAUUAUUUUAAAAUCGUUCAUGCAGCACCCACUUCUUCGUGGGUUCCUUCAUUUCGGAAUUUUUCGCAGUCUGCAUCCGUUAACAAUAGGUCUGCAAAUUUAUCCUAUCGUUCGGAAACGAAAGAAAAUACCAUUACUCAAAAUGAUUUACCAGUUUUUAAAUUUUCGAAGCAACACCUCAUCAUUUCAAAAAUUAAAAGAUUUAUGAAUGCCUCUAAUUUGUCAAAGAAAUGCAUAUUCUUUGUAGGACCUGAUGGAUGUGGAAAGUCACACACAAUCACAGACGCUAUGAAGAGAGUAGAGGAAACAAAUCCAAGCGCAGUCUCAAUUUAUUUAGAUUUUGAAACUUAUUUUCUCAAAACCAAACAAGAAAUUCAAACUACUCAGCUUCCAAUUGAUUUCGAACAUUUUACAGAUUAUUUCGAUAAUACAUGUCUAGAACAAUUAAUCAAAUGUGUGGACAAGGCCGGAGAUCAUGUAAAAAUUUCAGAUAUUGAAAGGAUUUUAACAGAGAGAUUGACAGUUAUUUAUUCAUUCUUUAAAAUGUUAGAAUCAAGAGAUGAUUUAAUAGACAUAAUCACACACAAUGAAGAUAUGAAUCGACUCUAUCUACAACUUAAGAGUUCAACAACCAGUGAAGGAUCUGACAAGAAAUUUUCCCAACUAUUUCACACGCUUUCUCAUCAUUUACCUUAUUACGACCAUCCAAUCAAAAACUGUCUCCGAUUAGCCAUUGAUACUCUGGCAUUCAUAGAGCUUCAUUCUCAAUCAAAGAGGAGAACUGGAAUGGAAGUAUUAUCUUUUUUCUUCUCAACAUUAGAAUACUUGGCCAUCUCUCUGACAAAUUCCAUUCAUCCAAAACUUUUCAUUAAUGGAUUGCAAUAUUUGGAUGUAUUCUCAAAAUCCGUGUCUCUCCUCUCACGAAAUGACAUUCGACAAUUUCAAACACACAUUCCAGAAGAAAUUUAUUCCAACGACGAUCGAGGAUCCAAUCUUCACGAUGCCAUUCUUUUGCGAAUGGUAGCUCUCUAUGUAGAUCCCUUUAUUCCAACAUUGAUUGAAGUGAGUGGAAAUUAUUAUAAUUAUCAAAUGAGAGAUGAACUCAAAAUGGAUAUGGAUCAGGUUAUAUUUAUCGAACUUAUUGAGGAGAGCAUUUCUGAGGCAAAACUUUCUUAUUCCUAUCUUUUUGAUGAGAAAUUUAAUGGAAAAGAUUGUUUUGAACAAAUUUAUGACAUUGUCGGAGGGAAUCCCACCAUGUUAAAAACAUUUUAUGAAAAGUACUAUGUUCCCUUAUUUGAAGAAUUCAAACAUUCUGAAACAAGACAUGUUACCAAUUCUGAGAAAUCAAUAUCGACGACAAGUUCCUUCUCACCUACUGCAAUUUCACAACAUGCAUCCUCAUCAGCCAUUUAUCAACAAGCUCUUUUAAAUUACCUCAAUGGAGAAAAAGAGAAAUUUGAGCGAAAAUUACACAUGGCCUUUCUUCUCACUGCCAGAUAUUUAGCCCUUAAAGACCACCAAGAGAGAUCAAUGAAUCGUUCAUCAUCAUGGCUCUCAUUCUUUAAAAGAAGAGAUUCGAUCCAUCAACAAGAAAUUCAAGAACUUUCCAUUUUGAGCCAUCGCGUGCAAUUCACUUUACAUGAUGCCAUUGAGAAAUUCAUGGGUCUCAAAGGUGUUGUUUAUCAUUUCAAUAUUGAAGAAUUUGAUACAUUUAUUCCCACAGUUGGAGCGAGUGCCUUACUCAAUUCUGAACUCUUGUAUUAUCAACAUCAUGAAUCCAUGUUAAGACCGUAUGAUCAAUCGUAUUAUUCCUAUUUUGCCAAAACUCUUGAAGAUAUGGAAGCGAAUUGGACUUGGUGGGAACGAGUGUACUAUCGAACCAUUUGGCAACCCUUAUUUGGAAUGAAAAAUGUGAAUGAAUAUCUUGGAAAGCAUGGAGAUCGAAAUCAAAGACUUGCAUUCAGUCGAUUUGUGCAAAUGAAUCAAGUUUAA